AUGAAGACGGUAGCUCUGAGCUGGAGCUCCCUGGGCUCGCUCGUGGCCACGACAAUGGUGGUGCGCACGGCGGUGCGCGACGUGCUCCCGCCGGAGGCGCACGGCGCGCUGCGGGCGCUCGUGGCGCGCGCCGCGGCCGCCUUCGCCCAGCCUCCCGACACCAUCGUGGUGCACGAGACGGACGCCAACGGCGUGCCCAACGAGCUCUACGACGCGGCGCAGCUCUACCUCGGCGCGUGCUGCCUCGCGUCGGCCCCGGCGCUGCACCUCCACAAGGCGCACGGCGCGAGCGACGUCGUGGCGUCGCUGCCGGACGACCACACCGCGUGGGACACGUUCCGCGGGGUCCGUGUCCUGUGGGCGUCGCGGCGCGCGGAGUCGAACGGCGCCUACUCCCCGUCCGGGUUCUUCGGCGGCGGGGGCGGCGGCUGGUCGGGCGGGUUCAGCUACCCGGUCGGCAGAGGCGGAGGCGGCGGGCAGCAGCAGCAGCGGUGCCUGGUCCUCCAGUUCCCGCGCCGCCACCGCGACGUCGUGCGCGACGCGUACAUCCCCCACGUCCUGGACGUGGCCACGAGGCUGCGGCUCAAGAUGAGGGAGCGGAAGCUCUACACCAACAGCGGCUACUGCGGCGGCGGACCGGACGCCCACGGGACGCUGUGGUCGUCUAACCGGUUCGCGCACCCGUCCACGUUCGACACGCUCGCCAUCGACCCGGCGCUCCGCGACGGCAUCCGCGCCGACCUGCUCCGCUUCAUGCGGCGGCGGGAGCACUACGCGCGCGCCGGCCGCGCCUGGAAGCGCGGGUACCUGCUCCACGGCCCGCCGGGCACGGGCAAGACCAGCCUCAUCGCGGCCAUCGCCAACCUCCUCGAGUUCGACAUCUACGACCUGGAGCUCACCACGGUGCAGUCCAACACCGACCUCCGGAGGCUGCUCGCCUGCACGCGCCCCAAGUCGCUGAUCGUUGUCGAGGACAUCGACUGCUCCCUCGGCCUCCUCGACCGGACGAGGACUGACGAUGCCGAACGGGACAAUGCGCCGCCGCGCCAUCUCACCAUGUCGCGAUUCCCGCCGAUGGGAGGAGGCCCAGGGAUGUACGGGGAGAAGAUCAGCCUGUCCGGCGUGCUCAACUUCGUGGACGGGCUCUGGUCGUCGUGCGUCGGGGAGCGUCUCAUCGUGUUCACCACCAACCACGUCGACCGCCUCGACCCGGCGCUGCUGCGGCCCGGUCGGAUGGACCGGAAGAUCAAGCUCGGCUACUGCAAGGGCCCCGCGCUGCGCGUGCUCGCCAGGAACUACCUCGGAGACUGCGGAACUGCCGGCGACGACGGCGAUCACGAGCCGACUAAUGGUGACCACAGGUACGAGCAGCUGAUCGGAGAGGCGGAGAGGUUGCUGGAGGAGGUGCACUUGACGCCGGCCGACGUCGCGGAGGUGUUCAUGGGCUGCGACGGCGACGGUGCCCUCGCCGCGCUGCAGAAGCUCGUCGACGAUCUCAUCAGCAAGAGAGUUGUUGAGGAAUGCGCAGCGAGCGACGUGUGA